GCUCAGUGCUUCCUUCCUAUGGAUUGGCCAGUUACUUGGAAGUGCUCUAAACACGUUCUCGCAUGGGGUCGCUCAAGCUUCUCUGGUGCCGCCACCCCCUGCGUGAGCUUUGGAGAGAGCAUGUUUCCAUCAGUUCCAUGUGCUCCUGUUUGCCUAUUGAAAAGUGGCAUAAAGUGAGCAGGGUGGCGAGUUGCUCCAGCUGGCUGGUACGUGGCCUCUCAAGUUAACGAAAAAGUGCUGCCUAGAGCCUGUCGGCGAACCUUUGAUAGCAUGCUUCUAAUAUUUCACCUCCUGCCGUCCGAGCAUUUUGUAAACGCGCAGUUGUUACUUUAUGAUGAACUCGCUAACACUCGGACAACACCUUCACGAUUUACAUGCAGCUCUGGGACACCGCUCUUGCGAAGACUGCUCCAGCUGCUCAUAAAGGUUGGCUGCUUCACCGGUUGCGUGCUUCAGUCGUCGAAGAUUGUCCAGUCGUAUUUUGAUUAUGGCUCAUCUGUCGUCACUUCGGAUGUCGCUCGCCAGGGGAUAGUCUUUCCCUCCGUCACAAUUUGUGUGGAUGCGUGGACGAACAAGACAAGACUUUGCGAGGUCAAAGGAAAAUGUACCAGAUCGUCUAUGAAAGUCGUCGUAGCCGGCUUUAUCCAAACGUUCGACCUUGAGCUCAGGAACAAGACGGCGUUCGAGCCUCACGAACUCUUCAGCUGCAAAAUGCGCUCAAAAGCAGGCUGCAGUGACUUCGACUGUUCGCGCAUGAUGAAGAGGACAUUGUUUCGAAGACCCUUGCAGAAGUGCUACACGUUGGACCUGAGCCAGCCGGCCGAGAAGAAUGAGCAGGCACUGCUGUGCAAGGAACAGUGGAAUUGGGAACUUCGCCUGGAGUCUAAGCUGAACGCAAGCAACAGCCUGGUAUUCAUGCGCACGGACCUGUUCCCGCUGAUAGUCAAGGCACCGUCCACGGCACCAUUCGAUACGCUGACCCAGAUUGCGGCGCAGAUGGGACGUGACAUCACAGUCACCAUGAAGCAGCACAUGAUGAAACGGCUUUCCGCGCCGUUUCGGUCUCGCUGCCUCAACUACACGGCGAGAGGCAUGCAGGCGAAUUUUCUCGGAUACCACACGCUCGAGUCUUGCGUGCAAGAGUGCCAAAUGAAAGUGGAAAUGGCUGUCUGCGGUUGCAUCACCUUCACGCACGAGUUUGCCGAGUUCGCAAACCUUCCUGUGUGUGUGGACUUUGCUAAAGGUUUCGAGUACUGCAGAGACGUUGUCUAUCACACCCGCGAAUACCGCAACUGCCUCAACGUCUGCGGACCCCCAUGCGAGAACCGCUUCGCAGUCACAUUGAAGUUCGCCUCUGAUUCAGUGGACCUCAUGGAACACUACCCAAUGAUGUCGCCGUGUGCCCGAUCGGAUGUGCACGCUCUCGGCCGGGCAAGCAGCAGGCAGGGCCCGGUGGCGCGGCGGCAGCUCUACUGCUGCUGCUGCCGCUGCCGCUGUUGCUGCAGCGUCGCCGUCCAUCGAUUUGCGCAGGUCAUCGAAGUGCUCGCCUACUUGGGCGGCACCGUGGGCACUUGGCUGGGCUGCAAUCUCCUCACGCUGCUCUCCGACUUCGGCAAUUGGCUGCUCGCAUCGAUCGACCGACUCUCGCGCUGCACACUCGGGCGCACACGGCGUGGCGGAGCGGCCGCGCGACGGCAACACGCCGCCGCCGCCGCCCCGGCUGCUGUGGCGCGGCUGCGUUCCACGGCCGCCGCUGCGCGCUAAGGCUGUCUGCGAGCAGCCUGUGCGCUUGACCCCGCAGCUCGUUGCCACCGUUGUCAUUUAUUUCCUCUUUUUUUUUUUUAACUUGUUCUUGGCUCUCUUUCCGUGUUCGCCACUUUCCCCGUUACCACUACCUUCGCGCCGCAGUUUUAUUUUUUUUUCCCGUUCUUAUUCUGCUUUUCCCCCUUGGGCCCUACACCCUAUACAUCUCUCUCACUCUCUCCACCUUCUUUCUCUCCAGUCUCCAGUGCCGCCAUUUUUUUGUUAUCUUGUUUUGCUUUACCUUUGGGUUUUUGCUCCUGAUUCUUAACUGCUUUCUUGGCACCCUACUGCAAGGUGUUCGUGGCGUUGACGGCGCCCCCCACUUGUCACGCGACUGCACGGUCACCAGCUUGGCCGGAGCCAGAAAGGACCGGGGGUGAAUCGAGCGAUCAAGACUGCCGGGAAACAGCUGUUGAACCUUUGCUAUAUGUUCCUGGUUUCUUGCGCGAGCUCAUACGACGCUGCGAUCGAAAGAAAACAAAAGAAAUAAAAGGAAAUGAAAAUAAAGAAUGGAUAAAUAAAUAAAUGAAUAAAUAAAUGAAAUCGUGCAGAAAACCUUCGAUAACGAUCGUAAAUGUAAACGAGUAGCCGAAUGCUUCUAGAAAGCUGUUCACUUUAUGAAAGUAAUGUUGCGCAUAAAGGGGUAUGUUUGUUGCCGUGUGGAUAUUUGGAAGAAUAGUUUGCUGGGGGUGUUGGUAUUCCAUUCUUGAGGCGAGCAGCACGACAAUAAGACUUGGAACAAAUUUAAGGAAGACAGCGCUGUGGUCGUCUUCCUUACCUUCGCAUCGGGUCACCUUUUCACACCACUCGCCUGAAGGGAUAUUUGGUGGCUUUUGUUGCUUUAGUGCUUAAGUGCGUAAAGAACACAACCGCUAACCAGAAAAUUUGCAGCUGUAGUAUAUAGCUGGCUAUAUGCAUAAACAUAUCCGUCAUAGGCAUGUAAUCUCCAGCAGCGCCAGUUCCUGCACGGCAGGCGACUGCCAUCCUCCUCUCCCGCCGACGGCGCCCUCUACCGCAGCCGCCACAAGGGAGAAAGGGUGGUGGGUGAAGAGGAGAGCUGUGCUUCCCAAUUGCUCCACCAUCAGCAUGUAAACGUUCAGAUUCCCCAAAGAUUUCGCGCCGUAGCACGUGCUUCUCAAGGCGCUCUAUAGUAGUUGUUACCCACUGUCGUGGCGCAGUGGCUUUGGUGUUGCACUGCUUAGCACGGGCGCGCGGGAUCAAAUCCUGGCGGCGGCGGCCUCAUUUCGAUAGGGGCGAAAUUAAAAAAAAAAAGAAAUACAAAGAACACCCGUGUACUGCGCAUUGGGUGCACGGUGAAGGAACCCAAGUGGUCAAAAUUAUUCCGGAGUUCCCCACUACGGCCCGAUACUAUAAUGCACGCUAUUUACCCAGACAUAUACACAACAGACAGAUGCGAAGUGUGUGGCACCAGAGCCACGCUAGAACACAUGCUAUGGGAAUGCCAGGAGCUAAUACAGGACAAUGCGAGCGAAGCCUCCAUCGACGGCCUCCGCGCGCGUUGGCAGGCCGCGCUGCUCAGCUCGAACCUGGAAUACCAACUCUGGGCAGUCCAGUGGCGGGCCCGCCGAGAGGCAAGAACUCUUGGCCGUAACCUCGGCGGGUGCCCCAGCCCACUAACUCGCCGGACGCGAAUCGUUCUGAUUCGAAAUAAAGUUUUCUCGCUCCCCCAUUCCCCACUACAGCGUGUCUCAUAAUCGGAUGGUGAUUUUAGCGUGGAAAACCAAAAUUUAUAUUAAAUUUUGAAUAAAUCAAAUAGUUGGCGUUGGGCGAGAAAAGCGCCCCAUAAGUCGGUUUCGCGAGAGCAAGAACCCUUUGCGACGGUGCCUUUCUUUUUCGGCGAUGACAGUCCAGCCACCACGAAAACGGGCGAAAUAUCUAAAAAAAGGUGUUCGCUCAGAAAAAAAAAAAAAAAAAAAGAACAACUGGGCCGAUAUAAUGUACCGAUUCCUUUCACUCGUUUCUAUUUCUUUUUUUAAUCAUCCACGGCUCACGACCGGCCGAUCGUUAUGAUAACGUAAGUGGCGCGCCUAUAGAACCAUUGACGAAUUGGGAAUAGGAAAAAAAAAUAAUCGAAUCAUUACAUUGUGCCUGCCCAGGGUAUGUUGGAAAAGCAGGUAGUACUAGUCGAUAGGCAGGGACACUUCUGAGCAGCGCUGUCAACUCUAGAAAAAAUUGGCUAGAUCUAGGAAUUUUGAGCCUUGUUUGGGGAAAUAGGAAAAUUUGUCCAGAUCUAGGGGAAUUUCGUGUUAAGUCAUUAAAAAGGUGAAACCGCUGACGUGACGGCAUGUUUUUAAAUUCAAUCACCUCGAAUUACCUUCGCAAUAUCAUGCGAACUCUGACCUCUGAUCUUGCAGGAGUGAAGUGAACGCAUUUAGCCUAGUAAACGACAGGGUGGUGAUGCCCCGGGUCCUUUAACAAAUUACUGCUACUGUGAUUUUGCUGCUCCUGCCUGUCGCUGAGCUGUCGAUGUAUUUGCACUCUGAAUGAAAUAUUUAUCUGUAAGCGGCGAAACAAACGUAAGCUGGAGGACCGAACAGAGCAGCAUUUGCAAAUCUGAGCGUAAGCGAACACGUAUACCUAGCGCCAUGCACGACAAUGCGGCCUGGCGCUAAACAACCGACUACGCAGGCGUGUACUAAAACUUACCAGAAACCACCCAUGGGCGGGACGACCUUGGUUAGAGUCCCAGAAUUGCUAUGUUAAAGCGUGUUUUGCUUUGUAGGAAAUACAAACAUUAAGGCUGCCAAUUUUCGUGCUUCGCUGCA